UUCAGUUUUUAUUGAAAUGUGGCUAAAGCUAGUUCUAGUUUUGGGUGCCAUAGCUUGCUCUUGCAAAUCGGAAAAUAGCUGGUCAAAUUUUAAAUCUACCUUAACAUUAGAGUUCAUAGACGGCAAUGAAAUUUAUUCCUAUUUGUUUGACACUGAUGGGGAAAUUGACCCAAGUGUGAAGGAGGACGAACAUUUGACUACAACUCAAUUGGUCACGAAAUAUGGUUAUCCAGCUGAAACACAUCAUGUAACAACUGAAGAUGGUUAUAUUUUAGAAAUACAUCGUAUUCCAAAACCCGGCGCGACUCCGGUGUUAAUGGUACAUGGCCUUUUAGAUUCUUCCAGUACAUGGGUGAUGAUGGGACCACAUAAGGGAUUUGCUUAUAUGCUUUCGGAUCUUCACUACGAUGUUUGGAUGGCUAAUGUGAGGGGCAAUACGUAUUGUAAGAACCAUACUUCUGAAAAUCCGAAAAAUGCAAAAUUUUGGGAUUUUAGUUUCCAUGAAAUGGGAAUUCAUGAUUUACCAGUAACGAUUGAUUAUGUCUUGGAGAAAACUAAUUUCACCAAAUUACAUUAUGUUGGGCAUUCUCAAGGAACAACGUGUUUCUGGAUAAUGGCAAGCUUACUUCCUCAAUACAAUGAAAAGAUAAUCUCAAUGCAAGCCCUUGCCCCAGCUGCAUUUAUAAAACACUCUAGAAGUCCAGUUAUCAAUUUUUUGUCAUUAUUUCGUUCCCCAAUAUCCUAUCUUUUGAAGAUUAUCGGAACUCAUCAGUUUUUGCCUAAUAAUUCUUUCGUCAAAUAUUUUAGCCGGUUUAUUUGUGACGAUGACUCUAUAGGUCAAAACAUUUGUUCGCAAAUAAUUUUUUCCAUAGCUGGAUUUGACAAACUCCAAUUGAAUCAUACCAUGCUACCAGUAAUUCUGGGACACACACCAGCAGGAUCGUCUACGAAACAGCUUAUCCACUUUGCUCAGCUCAAAUCUUCUGGCCAUUUUAGGCAAUUCGAUCACGGUUACUUAGACAACUGGAAGAUUUAUGGUAGAUUUUCACCACCGGAUUAUAUACUAGAAAAUGUUUCAGCAAAAGUGGCAUUACAUUAUGGAUCAAAUGAUUGGCUAACAGUUCCUGCAGAUGUUGAUAGACUCGAUACGGAUCUUCCAAAUGUGAUUGGAAAAUUUUUAGUUAAAUUUCCCGAAUUUAAUCAUUUGGACUUUGUUUGGGGCAUAGAUGCUCGGGAAUUGCUGUACAAUAAAGUAAUACAAAUAAUGAAGGCGGUUGAAGAUGGUUACCUCUAAGGACAAGUCGUUUUCAGAAAGAAAAAUUGCUUUGAUAAUUAGAUUAUAAUGUGAUAUGUAUAAUAUUUGAGAUUAAGUGUAUUAAAAAAUUUAUGUUUUUAUGUCCAUAGAAAGACAAUAAAUAAUCUAAAAUGAUCUUCAA